UACAUACAAGUGUGAAAAGUGAGGGAAAGACUGAGGGAAAGAUUUCCGAAAGGUUACUCAUUCAUGUUUACGCUUAAACACCGACUGGAUCUCCAAUUCUACGCACUUAUUGGAGAUAGUAUUAAGUGUGAAAAAUAUAAAUUUCAAACGACGAGAGCGAAUAACAAUAUGUCUAGUUCAUCUGAUCGAGAAUAUCAUACUGUUACCAGAGAUGGUAUAUUCGCAAGUACGCCAAUCGAUGAUGUACCCGCAAGAAAUUAUACUAUAUCUUUAUCUCAAAUCGGCACGGCUUCUUCCUUAAGCGGAGACAGGAUCGAAGACGGAUUACAGUCGCAGAGAGCAAGGAAAAGAAUAAAAAAAAGAAAGAAAAAUAAGGGAAUACCAAACAAAAGAAGGCCUAUUCAAUUAAAUGACACUGAACAAAUAACGACUACCGAAUGGAGUACUCAAUCGGAAGAGGAAGUUUCAAGAGAAGACAUCCUGGAGGAAGAGGACGAUGCUUGUAUAAAUUUAUUUGAUGAUCCGUGUACGCCGGAGAAAAUUCGGGAUGCACCAAUCAUGUGUCAAUCUCCUUUGCGCUACUCAUCGAUUUUACGUUCGAGUAGAAGAUUUCUCUAUGACAUCGAACAACAUGAUAAAUUGCUACCGGCAAAUAUAUCAUCCAAAAUACCAGAGGAUCCAGAGGAAAUGAACAAAAAUGAAAUAAAACUCAAUCGUCUGAACAACGCGAAAACAUAUAAAAGUCCUAAGGAAAAACAAUCGCAAAAUUUAUUAGGAAUUUAUUGGAAUGCUACAUAUUCUCCACCUUGCUUCUCAAUGAGUGAUUUGCUUUGGCAGGAGUUUGUCAACAAAAAUCACAAAGAAAUGCCUGAAUAUUUAGCAUCGUGCUCCGCACAAGUAAUAUACAAACAGUCGGAUUUUCUGCACAAACAUCCUGAUAUUCCUCCAAAGUUUGAAAGCCCUCCACAUUUACCAGGAUCGGUUUGCAUUCGAGGAUACUCGACCAGAGAAACAAAAAAAUGGAUAACAAAUGUAACAUAUUAUCCGAAAGAAGAAACUAAAGUACGUCAAACGAAGACUCGCAAGAGAAAUAAGAAAAAACAGAAAAAAAGAACAGUAACGUUGAAAUCUAUGAAUACACUAAAUGAAACAACAACCGUCUACGACGUAGAUGAUGAGAUGGAUGUCGAAUUCGAAACUGGCGGUCGAGAUGGUAAACGAAUGUCCUUUUCUGAAUUUUGUCAGAAACGCAAACUCGACAAUGUUAGAGAUAGUUUUUGAAAAAUUGUCUUCUGUAUCUUGUUAUUCGUAAACAUAGUGAGAAUAUUUUCAUAUAUAUAAUGAAAUAAAACACGCAAACGCAUCGUUUACAU